GCCAUUCUUUCCCCUAAAAAAAGCCCAUACUUGUCCCACUCUCUGUACUCUUCUCUGUUUUUCAAUCAUAUCCUAAUACACUCUUUCGUAAGAACCCUCUCUGCUUUAGCCCAAGCCUUCAAUUUUUUCGAGUGUUUCGCGUAUAUGGAGGUUAAAGAAGGAGAAUAUUCCUGCUGCUCCACAUAAGCUCAAUCCACUUUGUGUCGUUCUCUUCACAUGGCUGAAUCUGAAAGGGGCGUGACAAAGAAGAGUGAUCCUCCGGAGAAAAAAAGGGUUAAAAUGACAUCAAUCACUGGGCCUGAGGACAGAAUUUCGAAACUCCCCGAUACAGUCAUUGUACACAUUCUGUCGUUUCUUCUCACCAAGGAUGUCGUUCGGACAUGCCUCCUUUCAAAGCGUUGGAAGUUCAUGUGGUAUUCAGUUCCCAAGCUCUUUUUCUCUGACACUAGUGAUACUGGUCCUGUGUCUACUAUUCCUGAUUCUCAAAAGUUCCACAAUUAUAUCGAUAAUUGUUUGGAACACCGCAAGAAAGAUAAUGUAAAAAAUGAUGUGCUAUCCAAGUCUUUGUUGGAUUGCCCUUCUCUUGAGAAAUUGUUGUUAAAUUCGUGUCAUGACUUAAGUAUUGAUAAUCCACUCCCUUUGCGAAGUUCAAGCCUCAAGUUCAUGCAAAUUUAUUUCGAUAUAUCUCUUCAAGUUGAAGCUGAAAAUCUUGAAUCUUUGGUGCUGCUAUAUAAUACUGUUUGCUUUGGGGAAAUAAAAUUCUCUGCAUGUAAGGCAAUUAGAAACCUCGAACUGAAAUUUUGUCGUUGGAGAAUGCCAGACCACUCAUCAUUUGAAGAUCUCAUUUCAAACUUUCCUCUCCUAGAGAAUUUGACUCUGGAGAAUUGUUAUGGCAUGUUGAGGUUGGGGCACCUUAAAAUUUCUGGUCAACAUAUGAAAAGUUUCAAUUUAAAAAGUUUGUAUAAAGUGGAUAAUAUGAUCAAGGCCAUCACAAUUAAAUCAGCUCCAAAAUUAGCUUCAUUUUAUUAUGGUGGUAAUAUCGAUUGUAGCAUAUCAGUAGAGUCAUCCAAUUUGCUGAAUGGAAAAUUUGUACUUAGAAAGGAUCAUUCCAAGUAUGACACCGAUUUGUUUAUCCAAAUGGUGAAUUUUCUGAUGAAUCUCAAUUGCUCUUGGAAUAUGGUAACUCUACACGUUUGCUCAGAUCAAAUUCUCAUCAUGCCAGAAGGUUUAAAGAGGAUAUGUCGUUCUCCUUCACUUGAUUGGAAGCAUCUCAGAUUUAUUAGUGGUUGGGAGUCAGAGAGAGGAUCAGACUUGAAGGAUUUCACCCUCUUUGCAAACAUUAUCUAUUAACGGAAGACACAUAUUCUAGUUGCUUUACAUUACAUUACAGUGUUAUCAUCUUAUCAAAACUGAUGCUAUAAUUCUCCUUUUGAAAUUGUAUAGGCUAUAUUAUAGUACCUUAGUACUAAUGAAAUUGACUACUUUCAUUUCA